GAGCGGUCAGAGCCAUGGACGACAUUAGGAAGUACAAGCUGUCCGAUAUGGACAAACUGGGAAUCCUCAAGAGUGUGAAGGUCUUCAUAUUCUACGAACUGCAGCCCUCCAUUGAUCCAGACAACUUGAUUGCCUCUAUAAUCGAAGGAGUGGAGAACGCAAGCCGCCAAUUGCCCUUCAUGGCAGGUAAUUUCCAAGUCGAUGACGGCGAGCUCUGCAUCGUGACUACGCCAGGAAGCCGGAUAAAAGUCAGCACUCGCCGAUUCGAGUCCACGGAGCACAAGUCUCUGACCCUCUUGGCCAAGGACUCAUUCUCCCCGAAUGAUCUGGACCUUGCCCAGUUUUCGCCUGAAGAGCCAGCGGCCGACAGGAAUCCGGCGUGUGCUCUACAAUUAAGUCUCGUCGAGGGUGGCCUGGUCUUGGGAUUCAGAAUGAACCACGCGGCCGGGGACUGGUCGUCCAUUGAUACAUUCCUGUCUCUUGUCUGUCGAAGCUGCAAGGCGCAUCGGGAAGGCCUGAAGAUGCCGACCUACAUCCCAGACCUCAACAGAGCCCCAUACAACGCCUCAGCAACGGACCCAACCAUCGCGAGACAAGACCUGCUGGAAAGACUCCCAACUUUUCGUGUUGUGGAGAAGAGCCAAGUCAAACCAAAGCCACCCCCACCCUCCCGAUCAAGUCUCUACAGGGUCUCGGAGCCAUCUAUCCAACAGCUCAAGGCGCAUUGUGCCCCAUACAUGAGCCGAGUAGACUAUAUAACCUCGUAUGACUGCAUCUCUGCCCUCCUCUGGACAUCAAUCACAUGA